AUGUCAUCGUCUUCGGUUCCGGUUAAUUCUUUUAUUCCGGGAGCGGAAACACAACACUCAUCGGCAGAUAGAAAAGAGGCGAUAAGGAAAACUUCCUCUUCACUGCUUGCCGAACCCAAAAAUUUGGACGAAUUCAAGCCACCGGAAUCAAAACGUCAUCGCAGCAGUUUAUCUUCGUCGACAAGGGCGGGUCUGAAGACCGAGCUAGGAAAAGGAGCAACAACAACAUCGGUAGUAGCUAUGGAUGAAACGGUUACACAAGAAAGUAGCGACAGCGAUACUACAAGCACCUUGAAUUCCUCACAGCCGUCCAAUUUUUCAACCUCGAACCACCGUUCGGGAAAGAAUACGGUACGAUUCACAUCACCAGCGACAUUUGUUGCUGGUCCAUCAACGGCACGGGAGAAGAGUGGACAGCAUCGUAUUAGCGUACCUCACAAAAAUGGUCAUUCUGUUGUAAGUGACAUCACACAACCGACUAGUGCCAGAAAAUUAGUCAUACAUGGUUUCAAACAUCGUCUAUUAUGUAAGGAGAGCGAUCCGUUUGAAAUGAAAUGGCAUCCAUUGGAAGAAGCUGUCGUUUCAAUACAGAAAAAAAAGAAAGCAGAAACAUCUUUGGAGCAGUUAUAUGAGAUUGUCGAGUUUUUAUGCACAAAUAAUGCAGCGGUGAAUAUAUAUAAGAAGUUAAAAACGUGCAUUUUCUCAUACAUCGUAAAAGAACUUCACAUUUUGUUGGAUGUUUCUGAUUCCACAUCUUUAUUCCUUCACAAUCUUAAUGUUCUUUGGCUUGAAUAUUGUGAACAAUUGAUUAAUAUCCGCAGUGUUUUUCUUUAUCUAGAUCGCACAUUCGUUUUGCAUAAUCCCACUGUUAUUUCCUUGUGGGAUAUGGGAUUGGAAAUUUUCCGUGACGAAGUUAUGAAUAAUGAGAGUGUAAGAAAACGUUCAGUUGAUGGACUUUUGAAGAUGAUUGAACAAGAAAGAGAAGGCGGACACAUUGAUCGGCUGUUAAUUAAAUCACUAUUGCGUAUGAUGACAAGCCUUCGCGUUUAUGCUGAGGUAUUUGAAAGAAAGUUUCUUGAAACUACAUGUACUUUAUAUGAAGCGGAAGGACGUCAUCUGUCGCAGAGUCUUGAGGUGCCUGUCUACCUAAGGCAUGUAAAGAAGCGUUUAGAAGAAGAGACAAAUCGCGUUGAUUAUUAUUUGGAUUUUACAACAAGAAAACCACUGUUAGCAGUUACAGAAAGAUGCUUGAUUUCUGAUCAUAUGGAAUCAUUUAUAAAUAAAGGCCUAGAUGAAAUGCUGCUUGAAAACAAAUGCGAUGAUUUAAGUUUAAUGUAUAACAUGGUGUCAAGGACAAAACAUGGACUCAUUAUUUUAAAAAACGUGUUUGCUUCUUACGUCAAGAAAGUUGGUAAAGCUUUGGUGAUGGAUGUGAAUAGAGAUAAAACAUUAGUGGCUGAUUUGUUGGUUAUGAAAAGGCAAUUGGAUAACGUUGUAGACAGUUGUUUUGAACGAAACGAAAAAUUUAUUCAGGCGGAGAAAGAUUCAUUUGAUUAUUUCAUUAACACUCGACCAAAUAAGCCAGCUGAACUGGUUGCCAAAUUUAUGGAUAGUAAAUUGCGAUCUGGAAAUAAAGGAGCUACAGAGGAAGAAAUGGAAAAUCUUAUGGAUGAGGUUAUCGUGUUGUUUAGAUUCAUACAAGGUAAAGAUGUUUUCGAGGCCUUUUAUAAGAAGGAUCUUGCAAAAAGAUUAUUACUUGGAAGGAGUGCAUCCGUUGAUGCCGAAAAAUCAAUGCUUUCAAAGUUGAAGCAAGAAUGUGGUGCGGCGUUUACCACACGAUUAGAGGGAAUGUUUAAAGAUAUGGAAGUUUCUAAAGAUCUUGGUUUAUCAUUUAAACAGUAUAUGGAACAUGGUGAUCCUGAUCGAAUUCUAAAACACAGUACAAACCAGAUCGAAUUUAACGUUAAUGUAUUAACAAUGGGUCACUGGCCAACAUAUGAAUAUAUGGAAGUUGCAAUACCACCAAAUUUAGCUGAAUAUCAGGAACAUUUCCAAAAUUUCUAUUUCUCAAAGCACAAUGGGCGCAAGCUGCAGUGGCAACAUAGUCUGGCUCACUUAUUAUUACGGGCUCAGUUUAAUGUAGUGAAGGAAUUGCAAGUUACAAUGUUCCAGGCGCUAGUACUUCUGCUAUUCAAUGAAAAAUUAGAAUGGACAUUUGAGGAAAUUCAAUUAGCAACUAAAAUUGAAAAGAAUGAACUAGAAAGAACAAUGCAGUCUUUGGCUUGUGGGAAAUUGCGAGUUUUAAAGAAAAUACCGCGCGGCAAAGAUAUCAAAGAUAAUGAUCAGUUUGUAUUUAAUCCGGAAUGCAAUGAAAAAUUGUACAGAAUUCGUAUAAGUCAAGUGCAGAUGAAAGAAACGGCUGUGGAACGUGCUCAAACAGAAGAGGAAAUAUUUCAAGAUCGACAAUAUCAAAUUGACGCUGCUGUUGUUCGUAUCAUGAAAACGCGAAAAUCUCUUGCACAUCAGUUGCUUAUUUCAGAGCUGUUUAAUCAACUUCGUUUUCCUGUAAAACCGGUGGAUUUGAAGAAGCGUAUUGAAAGUCUAAUUGAACGUGAGUACAUGUGCCGUGAUAAGGAUGACUCGAAUGUCUAUAAUUAUCUCGCAUAG